GUCUCCCUCAUCCCCCUCCCAUCAAACACACUCAAAAUUAGCCAAGAGGGAAACCUCAAAUGAAAGGCCCAAAUCAAAGUUAGAGAGAGACAGAGAAAGUCUAGAGAGAGAGAGAGAGAGAGUGAGGAGGGGCCUCUCUCUGUGAAGCCCUCCGAUUGGAACUUGAAAUCGGCUUAGGGUUUGUUCGUAUGGCGGAGCAGAAAAACCGGUGGAACUGGGAGGUGUCGGGGUUCGAGCCGAGGAAGUCCGACGAACAGAAGCCGCCGCCUUCUUCGCCCCUGGUGAGGCGGUACUCGGUUUCUGCGUCGUCGUUUUUGUUGCCUUCCGAUGCCUCGAGGCCUGCACUGGCGUCCAAGCUCCAGAGAUUGAAGGACAAAGUUAAACUUGCUAGAGAAGAUUACUUGGUGUUGAGACAAGAAGCAAGUGAUCUCCAGGAUUACUCAAAUGCAAAGCUUGAUAGAGUCACGCGAUACCUUGGUGUUCUUGCUGAUAAAACCCGCAAGUUAGACCAGGCUGCCUUUGAAACUGAAGCAAGGAUUUCUCCACUGAUAAAUGAGAAGAAAAAAUUGUUCAAUGACUUAUUGACUGCCAAAGGAAGCGUAAAAGUGUUUUGUCGUACAAGACCUCUGUUUGAAGAUGAAGGUCCUUCUGUUGUUGAAUAUCCUGAUGAUUUUACCAUUCGCAUUCCUACUGGUGAUGAUAACGUUGCCAAUCUAAAGAAGGAUUUUGAAUUUGACAGGGUUUAUGGACCUCAUGUUGGACAAGCUGAACUUUUCAGUGCUGUUCAGCCGUUUGUGCAGUCAGCUUUGGAUGGAUAUAAUGUUUCUAUUUUUGCUUAUGGACAAACCGGCUCAGGGAAGACACACACUUUGGAAGGAUCUAGCCAUGAUCGAGGGUUAUAUGCCCGAAGUUUUGAGGAGUUGUUUGAUUUGUCCAAUUCAGAUACAACCUCUACUUCUCGAUUUGAAUUUUCUGUCUCAGUCUUUGAAAUCUGCAAUGAACAGAUAAGGGAUCUGCUUUCAGAACCAAGAAAUGGCUUCCCAAAGAUCCAGAUAGGGUCAUCAGAUUCAUUAAUAAAUCUUGUACAGGAAAAGGUUGAUAACCCGCUGGAUUUCUCCAGAGUCUUGAGAGUGGCAUUUCAGAAUCGGGGAAAUGAUCUACUGAAAUUCAACUUCUCUCAUCUGAUUGUCACAAUUCAUAUACAUUAUAACAAUUUGAUCUCUGGAGAAAAUUUAUAUAGCAAGCUCUCUCUUGUUGACCUGGCUGGAAGUGCAAGUCUAACUGUGGAAGAUGACGGCGGGGAGCGUGCGACAGACUUACUCCAUGUCAUGAAAUCACAUUCAGCGUUGGGUGAUGUUUUAAGUUCGUUGACAUCCAAGAAGGAAUUCAUUCCUUAUGAAAAUUCAAUGCUGACCAAGAUAUUAUCAGACUCACUAGGUGGAAGCGCAAAAACUUUGAUGAUUGUUAAUGUAUGUCCCAAUCUAUCGAAUUUGUCCGAGACAUUAUCAUCCCUCAAUUUUUCUGCCAGAGCACGGAAUGCUGUACUAAGCCUUGGAAAUAGAGAUACAAUAAAAAAAUGGAGAGAUGUUGCGAAUGAUGCACGCAAGGAAUUGUAUGACAAAGAGAAAGAAAUUAAUGAUCUCAAGCUGGAGGUUUUGGCCUUGAGGAAAGCUCUGAAAGAUGCGAAUGAUCAGUGUGUACUACUUUUCAAUGAAGUUCAAAAGGCGUGGAAAGUUUCUUUUACGCUGCAGUCAGACUUAAAGUCAGAAAACAUCAUGCUCACAGAGAAACAUAAGAUAGAAAAGGAUCAAAAUGCUCAGCUUAGAAACCAAGUUGCACUACUAUUGCAGUUGGAGCAAGACCAUAAAUUGCAGAUACAACAACGUGAUUCAACAGUUCAAACUUUACAGGCAAAACUAAAAAGCAUUGAGUCGCAAUUAAACGAGGCUCUUCAUGCUAGGGAGCUUGGCUCAGACUCAAGAUCUGUGGCUCAACCAAUACCGAAAGCUGCAGGGGAUGCCAUGGAUUCCAUUGCAGUUACCAAGAAACUUGAAGAGGAACUGUUAAAGCGUGAUGCCCUUAUUGAGAGGUUGCAUGAAGAAAAUGAGAAAUUGUUCGAUAGAUUGACAGAGAAAGCAAAUUUAGUUGGAUCGCCCCAGGUGACUAGUCCAUUGCCCAAAGGACCUGUUAACGUUCAGGCUCGAGACUUUGGGAGGACUGAGAGUAAUAAUAAUGGACGUCCUGCUAAAGUUUCCCCUUCACCUUUGGCCCAAGAUAAUAAUCAGGGCACCAUUGCAUUGGUUAAAUCAGGUAGCGAGCAGGUCAAGACAACCCCAGCUGGAGAAUAUCUUACUGCUGCCCUAAAUGAGUUUGAUCCAGAGCAAUAUGACAGUCUUGCUGCAAUUUCAGAUGGAGCUAACAAACUACUCAUGCUGGUUUUAGCUGCAGUGAUUAAAGCAGGUGCUUCAAGAGAGCAUGAAAUACUUGCUGAAAUACGAGAUGCAGUGUUUUCUUUCAUCCGUAAGAUGGAGCCAAAGAGGGUCAUGGACACCAUGCUUGUUUCGCGUGUUAGGAUUUUAUACAUAAGAUCUUUGCUUUCUAGAUCACCGGAACUGCAAUCAAUCAAGGUAUCUCCAGUUGAGCGCUUUUUGGAGAAGACAAAUACAGGACACAGCAGAAGUUCCAGCCGGGGUAGCAGCCCCGGAAGAUCUCCUCUGCAUUAUGAUCCCAGCAGGAAUUCUCUGGUCGGUGAGCAGAUUCAAGGUUUUAAAGUGAAUAUAAAGCCGGAAAAGAAGUCCAAGUUAUCAGCAGUUGUUUUGAAGAUGCGUGGCAUUGAUCAGGAAACAUGGAGGCAGCAUGUAACUGGUGGAAAGCUUAGGGAAAUAACUGAAGAAGCCAAAAGUUUUGCAGUUGGAAACAAAGCUCUUGCUGCUUUAUUUGUUCAUACUCCAGCUGGUGAGCUGCAGCGUCAAAUUAGAUCUUGGCUCGCCGAGAACUUUGAGUUUCUUUCUGUCACUGGAGAUGAUGCUGUAGGGGGUACAGCGGGUCAAUUAGAGCUUCUUUCAACUGCAAUAAUGGAUGGUUGGAUGGCUGGACUUGGGGCUGCACUACCUCCUAGUACUGAUGCACUUGGCCAGCUUUUGUCUGAGUAUUCAAAGCGGGUCUAUAGUUCUCAAUUACAGCAUCUGAAGGAUAUUGCAGGUACCUUGGCAACUGAGGAGGCAGAGGACCCUGCCCAAGUAGCCAAACUACGUUCAGCUCUCGAGUCUGUCGAUCACAAGAGAAGGAAGAUACUGCAACAAAUGAGAAGUGAUGCCGCGUUACUUACGUUACAAGAUGAUGGCUCACCUGUUAAUAAUCCUUCUACUGCUGCUGAGGAUGCACGUCUAGCAUCAUUAAUAUCACUUGAUGGCCUAUUGAAGCAAGUCAAGGAUAUAAUAAGACAGUCCUCUGUAAGCACUCUGGUGAGAAGUAAGAAGAUGGCAUUGCUUGCAUCACUUGAUGAACUUGCAGAGCGAAUGCCUUCCCUGCUUGAUGUUGACCAUCCAUGCGCCCGGAGGCACAUUGCAGAUGCUCGUCGUUUGAUUGAGUCGAUUCCUGAGGAGGAAGACCGUUUACAAGAACGAACACAUGCUCCCAAACUUUCCUCAGAUUUGGGAUCAGCUGCCGAAACCGAUGUUACACAGUGGAAUGUGCUGCAGUUUAACACAGGCUCUACCACCCCAUUCAUCAUCAAAUGCGGAGCAAACUCAAACUCUGAGCUUGUUAUCAAAGCCGAUGCCAGGGUUCAAGAACCCAAAGGCGGUGAGAUUGUUAGAGUUGUUCCAAAACCAACUGUUUUGGAAAACAUGGGAUUGGAGGAGAUGAAACAGGUAUUCUCUCAACUCCCUGAGGCCCUAAGCUUGCUUGCCCUUGCUAGGACUGCGGAUGGGACCCGCGCUCGAUACUCGAGGCUGUACAGGACUUUGGCCAUGAAGGUUCCGGCAUUGCGGGACCUAGUUGGUGAGCUUGAAAAAGGGGGAGUAUUGAAAGAUGUGAGACCUUAAGUGCAGAAGUUACCGAGUAAGAAAGUUUUUGUAUCUUGUAUUCCUAUUGUGUUGUGUAAUGUCAGGGCCUGUGUUUAUAUCAUUUUGGUGGCUAUGGAAAGGAAUUUCAAGUGGUAAUUUAUUGUGAGUUCCUUCACCUUUGUAUCUUGCUGUAUCCGGAAAAAAAAAAAAAAUUUACAUCCACUGAUAUGUGUGGUGAACAUGCAUUAUCAGUAGUGAUUAUUGCAAACAUGAACAAUUCUUUGUGAUGUAAAUUCUAAAUGUUAUAUUUCCUGUGUACUAUUGUAAAUUUUGAUUUAUUUGUCAA